CGUAAUUUUCGCAUCUUCGGUUGGCCAAAUUGAUCGGGAAAUUGUGCCCACGGUUGCGAGAUGUGACAAAGUGUAGUGUGAAUGCCUUUUCCUGUUGGAAUUGGGUCGGAAAAGCAUCGAAUGAUAAAUUUUCCUAAGCUGGCUGGCUGUUAGGUGAAAAGAAAAAGAAACUUGCGCACCGUCAUUAGUGAGUUUGACAGCAGCGCAGCUGUGCAGUGCCGUCUCGUCGCUUGUGAAUAAAGAAGAAGGAAAGAAAAGUGCUGUGUGUGUUUGGGAAACGGGAUGAGAUGAGAGAGUGGGUGGCUUUGCGUUGCGCGAUCUGCAGCGCCAGCCUGCUGUGUUUGUGUCUGGAAAUUGAUUACGAUCGAAUUUGUAAUUGAUUGUAUGCACACUGCACAGUAGGUAGAAGGUCUAGCUGCACAGAACGGAACAAUGAUUAUUAUUAAUUCCACUGGACGAGGUCAACGUCAGCCAAGACGAUAGGUGCCUUCGCGAAAAGAAUGUGAAUGUUGCAUGGUUAUACACAGAGAGGAACUCUAUAUUGAAGUGUACCCGUGCACCUCAGCGUGUCUGAUAGUGGCGAUUGUCUGCUGCACACAGACCGUGUCUCGGUCUGUCCGUGGAGAUCCGAUAAUUUUUUUUCUUGCACCCUUGCAGAUAUAGCAAUCAUCUUUUCCUUUCCAUUUAUCGCGGUGGCAGCUAAUAUUUAUGUACAGUGGCUUUUUGCUCAGUAAAUAGCCAAAGUUUUUUCUUCUCCGUUUUUCGUUGAUAGAAAAUGGGAGGUGCACAAACAUCGACAAAAUCCGUUUAUUUUUCUUCCGUUUUGUUCUUGUGCCAUUUCUCGGCUCGCCUUCACGUGACAAGGUGCGUGUGUUUUGCCAGGCGAGCUCAACAUAAGAAAGUUGCUCGAAGAAGGCACCGGGUACUGGAAACGAAACGGGUGCAUCACAUUGACGAGUGCCGCCAAGCCAACCCGCCAACUACCUACUGCCGUAUUUCGAAACUACCGUCUUUGUUUCGGUAAUUGCGUGUGAACAAAAAUCAAUACCACCCGCAGGACCGGCAUUAGUCAGAAAGCAGAAGCUGGUUGGGACAGCAGGCGGCUAGAGAAGCCCACCCACGGGUCACCAACCGUGCCAGUGAAACUCCUUGCUAAGCCGAUCCAAUCGCAUCUCAACCGGCCGGGAUGGCACAGCUGGGACGGGCCGUAAAGAAUUUGGAACCGCCGCGUCCACUGAAGUCUACCAUGAAGCAGUCGCAGCACGGCCACGUGCCAGUUUACGAGGUUCAAUCAAUCGAAGAACUGAUUACACUGACCGAGAACGUGGCAGCCAGUUUGAACAACGGCUGCAACAAUGCGGACGGCAUGAAUGCCCUGCUGGCUAACCUGCGCCUCUAUGGGCCCCAGCUGGAGAACGUAUCGAAGGAUACGCUGGACCGGGCGUUCGUCAUCUUCCGCAAUGCGUCCCAGGACGAGCGGCUUAACAUUAUGACCCGACUGAAUCUGCUGGAGCUAAUCGAACUGCGGGCCAAGUCGUGGCAAGUGUCGGACGGUAUCAACACCUACUACAAGCACAAGGCAACUAAUGUUGAGCCCGAUGUCAUUGGUGAUUCAUCGUUGUUGAGCACCUCCCCUCCUGGAUUGUCUCUCGGGCAGCAGAUGAUUCCAUCGCUGUCUCCCGGCGAGCUGAUUCGUGCCUCGGGCAAGUUCUCGAAACCGACCAAAAUACCGGGCAAGACGUACUGUAAGGACGAAAUCGUCAUCCGCAAUGCCGAUUCUGGAAAAGUUAUGGGAAUCAAGGGACGUAGAGUUCACAUGAUUGAGGAAUUGAGCGAAACUGUUAUAUCGUUCCAAAGAGUUAACCCAGGUGCUAAGGAACGUCUUGUCCAGAUCACGGGCCCCAACGAAGAAAAAAUCAACUACGCGAAGCAAUUAAUCGAAGAUACAAUCCGUCGCAAUGCAUCGCCGGUGCGUCUGGAAACAUCCCAGGAUGGAUCGUGCAGCUCGCUGGCAUCGUCCGCUUCGGACGAGAUGCUCCCCAGACGACCGCUGUCCGACGGUCCCGGUUCAAUGUCCAGCAAUCCGUCCUCCCAUCGGGGUGGUGCUGUGAUGCUGGGUGGUAACCCUAAUGGCACAUUCGCCACCGGUCAGCAGCAGCAGCAACAGGCCGGACCGCAGUCCGGUAUUGGAUUGAAUCUAAAUCUGACCGGCAGCAACAAUGGCAACCUUUAUCAAACACAGCAGCACCAGCAGGGGUCCCAGUAUACUCACGCAAAACUGACUCGAAAUGGAUCACAGAACAAUGGACAACAGCAGACCGCAAUCCUGCUGCAUAGUUUAUCCACUAACGAUGCCUCGCUGGGCGAGUACAAGUACACGGUUAACGUUGGCAGGCAUAAUGUCAAAAUUACCGGAGAUUGUUUCGAUUUAGUGAGGGUUGCCAAACUGGUACUGGAUGACUACUUCAGUAGUAAUGAAUUUUUGGCUGCCGUGGAAAUGGGAUCCAGCUUCGAUAUGCCGGGUUCGUUAUCUUCCCCGGGGACACCGAUGGCGGGUCAACAUCAACUGAUAACUGGUUCACCGUUUGUAGAUAGCGGUGUCGGUCUGGACGCUAUGGCCAUGGGGGGCAACUGCAUAGAAGUGGACGACGACGUGUUUAUCGUGGACCCACCGACCCUAACCGGUGGCAGCGGGCUCAAAUCGGGCGACAGCUCCAGUUCGUCUAACUCAACGCUGGUUAGUGCAUCGGUGCCGGUAAACAAUGGGCUCAGCCGAUCGCGAAGAAGUCAUUUCUCGCGUAAAGACAGCGCACCUGAGGGCAUUAAGGAUGGUGCUGGCGGCGCGGGUGCGCCAGCUACAACGAACGACGAUUCUAGUCCAGUGAGAAUUGUCCAUGAAUACGAACGUUUGAUCUACUAUUCCAAAUCUCCCCAUUCAUGGGCUCUGCCACGUGAUUGGCUGAAGAUCUGCGAUAAAUUACCGUAUCUGGUGCGAAAUAAGGACCUCGACGACGAUAAGAACCGCUUCAAUGGUGACGCAUUCUUGGUACAGAGAAAGCAACCCACUACGGAGAGUGGUUUGGAACAGACCGCCAGCAGCGGCUUGGCGGAAACGGAUCGAAACGCUGGCGAAGGCGACGUGGCGUCCGCAGCGACGGCAACGACGACGACUACGACGGCGAUUCCGGCGGCAGGUGAGGCUGAGAAGAAUAAUAAUACAACCACAAGCGGAGCAGCCGAAUCGUCGAAGCAGUGAGAAAAAUGCUUCAUUGGAAAGGGUGUGAAAGGCUGUUUGCUCUCGGGAUAGGCUAUAGUGCGGGACCUGCAUGCCCAAUGUAUACUCUCCAAUUUAGCUAACAAACAAUAUUUAACAUUGAAGUAUAGAAUGUAUUUCAAAGAUAGGAAAAACUGCAACCUACCUACUCUACUUGAUGAUGAUAAUUGGUCUGUAUUUAACCAUUCUUCCCAUAUUAUAACCUGAAACACUAGGUUAGUUAAGUCUCGCAAAUCAAAAUUUGUCCUCUGUUUAUUUCUCGUUUCAAUGGAAAAGAGAGGCUUUCAGUAACAAAAACAACAAGUCUAAUAAGGACUGAGUUCGAAACAACUUUCGAAACUACAGUGAUAUAGUUUAUCUAUGAGAUUAACACUACUCGAACGUAAUCGUAACAUUAAGCAAUAAUUGUAGAUGCUCAUUUUUCUACACAAAAAAAUAGGAAACUAGCUUCUACGCAUGAUCCCAUUUAUUCAAAAAACACAAAAAAAAACAUCUCUCUUUGCUAUUCGUUUUAAUUCAUUGUUUUUUGAACUAUUCUUUAGCAAACCAAAAUUGUUGCUUCGGAAGUGAAAAAAAAAGAUCCAACAUUAAUGCUGUGUAUUAACAACUGUCUAGUCUGCAAAAAGCAAAUCAACAACUCUUUGGAACGCAAUUCGCGCUAAUUUGAAAAAAAGAUUUCACCAUUUUUAUUUUCCUCUCGAAAGUGGGAACCUAAAUUGGCAACAUCACAUAUGCUAGCUUUAAAUUCUACUGUUGAAUUUGUUUUUUGACUAUUUUUGUUUAAAUUGUUUAGUUUUUUUAAUGAUUCUAUUUAUUUCAUCUCCUCCCAUAUUUACCUACUAUUACUAUUAUGAUUAUUAUUAAUAUAUUAAAACGAAACUUAUGAAUGUUAUUUAAUUUUGUUCGCUAAUUUAUAUGAGUAUUUAUAACGUCCAAACAAGAAAAGUAUCAUACGUUUGUUUCCUAGGUUUCUCUUCGCAGAAAACGCGCUAGAACUGAUUAAACCAAAACUGACCCUAACAACAAACAAUCCAGUUUGGGGAAGAGGAUUGCUCUUUUUCCCGGUUAGCUGCUGUACUGAAUCGAUGGUUGCUGUAACUGAAAACAAAGCCUUUCAUGAUUUUUUGUCUUUUUUUCCAAUCCCUUUAACACGUGGUAGUUUCGUGAGGAAGGUAACAAAGAAAAAAAAAUCAAUAUACCUACAUAUAUGUUAAUACCCUACAAAAAGUCAUAGGAUUUUCAUUUUUCAACGCAAAACAGUAAUAUAUAACAUUUAUUCAACCAGUCCCCCUAUUUAUAUUUGUACCCUCACAAAAAAAUACAGUUAGAAACCUCUAGAGAAAAAUUAAGAAAAUGAGCUUAACCAAGUGUACUUCUGUUCGCGGUGGAACACGUUUAGGAUGCGAGAGGGUUUACUAAUAAAG